UCCCAACAAUAGCAUCGCUGUCUCUAUCAGCUGUGGAGAUUACCGUCAGGUGUUCGGUUACCUGUUUUUUUCCCCACCCCUCUUCUGCAAAAGAGCAUUUAUACCAAUACUUUUACAUCAAACGCUGUCCAGAUUUCUCGGAAAGCAGCCAUGUCCAUCCAGCCCAUAGUGACGGUGCAGCCGGGGGUGGUUUACGCUUCGGUGCAUGUAAAGAGUGAAGCAUGGGGCAGUGACAUGUGUGACUGCUGUGAGGACAUGGGCAUCUGCUGUUUGGGAUUUUGGUGUCCCUGGUGUCUCAUGUGUAAGACUUCACGAGAGUUUGGAGAGUGUCUCUGUCUCCCCCUGCUGGACACCUUUUGUGGUGGAAUGGUUCGCCCUGUUUCUCUCUCCAUCAGGAGCACCAUGAGGGAGAGGUACCACAUUCAGGGGACGAUGUGUGAUGACUGCUGUGUGGUUACCUGCUGCACCUGCUGCGCCUGGUGCCAGAUGGCCCGAGAGAUAAAGAGGCGUCGCCGCCCUCUCGUCCUGGCCCCGUCCGCCCCCCUGCCGCCCGGCCUGCACCCCCCUCACCCCCUGCAGCCCAUGCCCGCCGGGCUGUACCCUCAGGUGCCACAGUGACACUGCCAGCCAGACCCC